AUGUCGGGCUUAGAUAAAUUACAAAACUGUUUGCAGGAACUCGGGAAUUGUCGCCAAAAUAUAGUGCAGAAGUCUAGUUUUGGCGAGGCCGUUGGUGAGGCUCUUAGAUAUAGCCAAGAUAUUGAUCAUAUAGUUUCUAAUGAAAUUGAGAAUCAAGAGCUCGGUCUUGCAACACAAUUGUUAUUUGAUCCUCAAAUUGGAAUCAUUAAAUUUUUAAAUGAUACUUCACGAGUUACUGAUCCAGUAUUAGCGAAGGCAAAAAUUGCGCUUUUAGAAUUUCUUUUUCUUUAUAUCCGAAAGAUCAAAUCUGAUAUUGAACCAUAUGCAGAGAGCAUCAAGAAUGUUCACUUUGGAAUUCUUAACGUUGAUGACGAGGCCUUCGUGAAAGCUGCAUCUUUUAAGCCAAUGAUGGCGAUGCUUGAUUCAAGCAAAAGAUUUAUUGAUCCCGAGAAAUUGAAUGUUAAAGAUAUCAUUUCACGAUAUCUUGAGAUUUUCUUCGUGAGAACAAAGGGUACAUCUGGAGUAAAAGCCAAAGCGGGAGCUUUAGAUAUGUUGGGAAUACUUGCUCAUCGAUUUCCAGAAUAUGUCGAUUUUGAAAAAAAUAAAAUUCUUCGCGUUUUUUUAGCCAACCUUAAAGAAAAAUCCUUAACAGAUGCAGCAUUCACAGGAUUGUACUCAUUUUUAUUUGCUUACCCGGAUUCGAUUAAAAAAGACAAUCAGUAUGUUUUUAAAUGUAUCAUGAACAGUAUUACAAUGGUAGAAAACGGUAGGAUGUAUAGUAUAGUUAAAACUGGACUCCAGUACAUAAUAGAUCAUUCAAAUAUAUUUGGUGAAUUUUAUUUACUUGAGUAUAAAGAAAUAUGGCAAUGUCUUUGGAAAUUACGCGUCCAUCAAAAUUCAGAAGUUAAGAACGCGGCAUUUAAGGCUAUUUGGGCUUUUUUGAAACAGAUUGCAAAAGUAUUAAAUUCUGCCACAGAAUUCAAAGAAUUCAAUUGUGUUGAUUAUUUUAUGUUAACAUUUGAUAAUAUUGCGGGGGAAGUCAAAAAAACAUCAGAUCAGCGACUAAGUAAAGAGGAACAAGACCAAAAAACAAAAGAUUUAUCAAUUGCAGUACGUGGUGUUGGUUAUUUUGCCGCUUCCGUUAAAAAGUUGGAUAAGGAAGAAAGAUACAAGCCAAUAUUUCAAAAUCUUCUUAACCCAAGUGAUUGGGCUAUCUCAAAUUUAAAUGAAGUUGAAAUCACACACGCGCUAUCGCAAAUCCCAUUGUUUAUUGAAGCCUAUUGUUUUAUUGGACGAGAGUAUGAUGAAAUCUUUCAUCAAUUAAGGGAGACAAUUGAACAUGAAGUGGGACUAAUGAUGAUUUAUUUCCCACGCAUGGUUUAUGACUUGAGGCUCCGUUGUGUUAACGCAUUUGAACAUUUAUUGUGGGUGUUCUAUCUAAAGGGCAGGGGGACUAUACAAAAAUUUGUUUCUAAAUCAUUUUAUCAAAUUUUAAUUCUUACGUGUUCAGAUGCUAUCCAGCUUCAAAGUCGUUCUGACUUGCAAAAUGCAAGUUCAGUUGGUAUGAUUGAUGUUGUGGCGGAACAUACAUAUCAGGAAAUGUUCUUUUUCUGGGAGAAUAUAUUUAAAGAUUCAACUUUGUCGUGGAUUAUUGAUCAAAGUGGCUUUCCGAUUGAGAAAAAUCAAUUACACACCAUUCAGUUGGAAUUCUUUUCGAUACUUUAUGAUGAAUUUAUGUCGUCAGUAUUUCAAUUGUUACGGACUUUAAAUUUAACAGUUACGGAAGCUAGAGAUGCUCAGCUUGGAACAUCCAUAAUGAAGAAUAAUGAUCAUGAAAUUGACGCCAAUCUCAUAGCUAUAGCGGGUUCCGGUGAUUUAGAAACUCUUCAACCGAUAGUUUCUAAGGAUUUCGUUCUUUUUCAAAACCUUGUGGAUUUCUGGCAAUUGUUUUUACCUCAAAUAAAAAGUGAUUUGUUUUCAAGAUGGGUCUAUCUUGCUAGUGACACGCUAAUAACAUUUUCCACCCAAUAUCCAUAUAUUAGUGGAUUCUACAAAAUGUUAGGUUCGUGUUUGACAGUAUGCGAAUCUAUCAAAUUUUUUGACGGUAUAAAGAAUGUUGAUAAUGAGAAUAUCACGAUGCAAGGUUCUCGGGAUCAAUUAUCAACGACCGCGUCACCAGAUCAACGAGCGAGCUAUUUUCUUUUCAUUAAAUUCUUUGAAGAAGUUUCUGCUAGACUUUCUCAAUAUAAGGAUGAUUUAUUGGCAUCAUGUUUACGUCUUGUACUUUCCAUUCCACGAGAACUUAUUAAUAUACAAAACCUUAUAACUCCAAUAUGUAUUUCAUUAAAAAUGGGGCUAAGUUAUCAAACUCUUGCAACUAUUGGUAUAAAUGCAAUUGAGAAACUAGUGGAUUUGCAGGGACCUCAGGAUAUUAGUAAAUGGCUUGAACAGAUAUUGCCUCUCUUUAAUGAAUAUUUAUUGGUUAAGGCUGAUUCAGAUGACAAUCCUAUUAAAGAAUUCGCACAUAUUCGAAAUUCGCAACGUAAUAGGCGUGGAAACUUCAAAUCACUUGAUCAGACAAGGAAAGAGAGGGUCAAAUCUAAAGGACAAAAAAAAUCUUACAAAACUGUCGUUGGAAUUGGACAAUUAGAAAAAAAUGUAGGAUUACACGAUUUGCAAGUGCGCGUCCUUCGUUUGCUAGGAAGACUUGGCGGAGUUAGCAAGUUUGUGUUUGAAGACAUUGUAAACAAUGAUAUGGUAUAUCGGUCAAGUCCUGCAAUGAAUCCGGCAGGAUCCAAGAUAUCAAAUAAUAAAUUACUUGCUUGGGAUCCUGAAAGACGCUUAUCAUUCAAUAUUCCAUUUCCUGACACUAAAGUUGAAAUUCUAUUUGACGAAUUCUUACCACGUAUAGUGGAACUUGCAGAGUCUGCACCAGAUCGUAAAACAAAAAUCGUUGCUUGUGAAUUAUUGCAUUCAAUCGUUAUAGUUAUGAUCGGAAAAAGUGCAUUUCAAUUAUCGGGACAUCAGCAGAGCCCAUUUGUUCGCAUAUAUCGUAAAAUAUUUCCUGCCCUUCUGCGGUUAGCAAUUGAUACUGAUCCUGUACCACGAAAAAUCUUUCGCCGACUUGUUGCUCAAUUAAUUCAUUGGUAUACAAAUAAUGCACAAUAUGAGAACCCAGAAACAAUUGCGUUAUUACAAUGUUGUAUUGACGCGAUAUGUAAUCCUUGGGGUUCGCUGAGAGAUUACGGUGCAGAAUGUCUGAGUGAAUUUUUAAUAUGGUCGAUUAAACGAUCGUCAGCGCAGGUAGAAGCAAGUUCAAUGAAUAUGAAAUCGUUACUAAAGCGAUUGUAUAGUUUGUGUGCUCAUCCUGAUUAUAUAAAGCGUCUUGGAGCUUCUCUUGCUAUUAAUAAAAUUUAUCGAAUAUUUCGUGAAGAAGAAUAUCUAGUUGACCAGUUUACAUUUGAACUUCUGUAUUGGAUGCUAGUCAAUCUAAGACUUUCCGAUAAUGAUCAGUCUGCGACGGGGACGCGUCAACAGGCAAUCUCAGCAAUUCGCCAUCUAAAAAAAAUAAUUAUUGUAAAAUCAAAUUUAUUUUUAAGUGAGACCUCCAUGAGAAGGAAAUUUACUAAUCUUGACAGACCUAACUUAUCAUCUUUGGUUGAGUGGUUAUUUAUUGAGACAGGCAGAAAAGAACAAGAUUACUCAAGUAUUUGUCGCGAAUUAUUCGGUGAACUUGUGAAAUUACUUCCAGACUUUAAGACAGGCUUUAGAUGGGUUAAAGCUAGACUUGAUAGAAAUUCAACGUUUUUAGAAAAUCUUUAUAAAACUUCAGAACUUGAUCCUUCGAAUUUGUUACAUAAAAGCUUAGCUGCCCAACAGACAAAAGAUUGGUGUUCGCAACUUUUAUCCGUUUUAGCUAAUUAUAAAUGGCUUACGAAAGAGAAGUUCGUGUUACCUUUGGAUUUAAUCACAAGCUCUGAUACUAUGUUAAGUAAAGCAAUCAUCUAUUUCUUGGAAAAUUUAGUACAAAAUGACGUUGAGCGCUUUGUUCCUGAUGCUAUGGAUAUUGAUGAAGAGGAACACCUUAUGGGAUCUGAAAAUGUUUUAACUCCCGCAGAGAGAUUGCAAUGGUUAACACGAAAAAUUCAAAUUAUCGAACACUUAAUAGGAUUUAUUAUUGUACUAUUCAAAGAGACAGAUCCAAACAAUCUAGCACCUUUGUGGAAUUCCAAUAUUAUUGGAAAGAGAUUUUACAAAUUAUUAGGAAAUUGUUUGCUGCAUCCUAAUGUUAUCGGAUUGGACCAAUUUCCAGAUAACAUAAUCAAACAAAAGUUGAUUAAACACGUGGAAACCUUAUUUACUUUGUUUAAGGAGUUGUCUAUUAAUAAUGAAACUCAAUUGAAACAAUUAGCGCAAGAGCUCGCAGAGAUUGCAUUUUCUGAUGAAGUCGAUUUAUUAAAUAUUGAAUUAGAUAAAUCAGAUCCUACAUAUUAUAUCCAAAUUACUCAUGGAUAUUUGGUUCUCAGCUCGUCUGGGCUUUUUCCAGAUUUAUUAGAGCACGAAAUGACUUCAUAUAUGAAUACUAGUUCAAAAUUAUAUGAUUAUAUUUUAGCCAUCUGGAAGAAAUUUAAUAACCUUCGUGACGUUUUAGAUCCACUAUGGGUUGAACUUAUUAGACAGUUAUUAUCAUUUGCUCUUUCGCUUAGUAAAUAUAAUGGUGCAAUUAACCAAUGGCUUCUUAGUGAUAUAGUCGGCUUCCCCGGCAAUAACUCGAAUUUCUAUCAUCAAAAUGGAACUAUUUAUUACCAGAAAUUUUCUUCAGUCAUCAAUGAACAUAUUUCACGUAACUUUAGAGAAUUUGCUAAGAUUUUCUACGAGAAUAUAAGUGAUUUCACUAGGGAUCAAAUGAAUAUUGAUAUAGUUAGGGAUAUAAUAUUAAAUCUAAUUGAUUAUUUGACCUCUAAGAAAGACACCCAACAGAGCUUGGUAUUUUUGGAUCAUUUGAUUUCGGAGUUCUAUUUCCUUAAAAGUUUCGUGAAAAUGUGUACUUAUGAUCAACAUUAUUUAUUGAAAUUAUGGAAUGGAUUAUUUAUGCUGGAGCCGAACUUACUAAGACGAUUUUCGUUGAGAGAAUUCCAAAAUCUAUUUCGUGAAGAUUAUGAAGCAUUCCUUGAUAGACAUGUAGAACUUGAGUUCAAGAAUGAAGCUUUGGAUCUUCUACCUUUUUACUUCAAAUCAGAUCUGCCAAAAGAAAAGAUUGAAAGUUUUAUUGAAUUCAUUCUUUAUCAACAAUUACCUACUGAUUCUAAGGAUUAUUCGAAAUUUGGAACUAAAAAACUAAAUGAAUAUUUAUCAGUUCUUGAUAAAAUGCUUAAAGCGAUGGUGAGAUCCAGAAAUGUGAGCUUAUUUAAAAUCUUGAUUCCCACUUUCUGUCGCGAGAGUGACCACGUAUACGGAGAGGAAUUUCAGCGACAAGCUAGCGAAUUUAUAUCAAAACUUUCUCGUUCUAAAUAUGUCGAUACAAUGGAUAUUGCUUACGGAUAUUUUACAAAUCCAACAUACAUUAGCUUUCAACGAAACAUUAUUGAAAUGAUUUUGUCACCACCUUUGCUGCAAGACGUAUAUUCCGAAAAAGGCGAAAUUGUUAAAGCUUAUUGUCAAACAAGACCAUUGAAAGCAAAGGAAUUGACACGAAAAGUGAUGGAAAAAGCACAUAAGAUUAAAUCACGUGCUGAUAAAGACGACAAUGGUAAUAAAUUAUUGUCUGAAGCUAAUUUACAUUACCGUUGCGAGGCAUAUAAUGCUUUGGCAGCUGUAAUUUUGUGUACCCAAGACAAUCCAGUGUUCUAUAAAGCAUUUUUAUUUGCCGAAAAUAUUUCAAAAGGCGAAUUAUUAUGGGAAAACAUUAUUGAUUUAGAGACGACUUAUAAAAUAAAAGUUGAAUUGAAUCAGCCGUUUUUUAGAUCAAAAGUCGAUGAUCUUAAAUCAAGAUCUGGAAGAACCUUCAAGGAAGCAAAACUAUCAAGUAGUUUGAAAUAUAUUGCGUCGCAGUAUUUGGCAGAUUCAAGUGUAACCCAAGUUGAGUUCGGAGGUGCUCUCUUUAAAGAAUUCCCUGAUGAAUCUGAAGAUAAUGUUAGUGAAUCCGACUCGGAUCCAAUCCCAAUGGAGAUUGACGAACAAGUUGAAAAUAAAUUAGAGCUUGAAUUGGAGAUUGACGAGUUUAAUCGCCAUCCUUGUAUGAAAAUUCUUAUUAAAGUUAUAGAUCGACUCCAUAAUCAAUUAACAAUACCGGCAGAUCCGGUUGAGUCAAUGCCUGGCUGGAUGAAUGAUAUGUAUAAAAAAUUUACAAAUACAGGAAAUGAAAAUAAAGAAAAUGAUACGCAUAUCAAUAUACGGUUAUUUAUCGCUAAAAUUAUAAUUAAUAUUCCAGAAGCAUUUGAAAAAUAUGCUUCUUCAUGGAUUCGUCCUGUUAUAAAAUUGAUAACUGAAGGAAUCUCAUAUGGCGAAGGAAUUAACUAUUUUAUUCAGGACCUUUGCGCGAUUGUUACUGUCUGGGGUUCUUUCGUUAAGUUAGAAUCUCAUCAAGAUAAAGUUCUAUUAUACGAAUUGAUGGAGUUUUUGAUGAAAAAUUCUUAUAAUGAAUCACGCGUUGUCAUUAGGAAUAAUAUUAUAAUCAUUAAAGCAAUAUUCGAAAUUUGGAGUGAAUUGAUUGUUGUACCUACGCGCGUCAUUCAUGAAUUAAUUAGCGAUUCCACAGGGAAUGUUGACAAAGUUUAUACGGGAUUACAAUUACUAGGAAUAGUCUUAGCUCAUGACAAGCCCUUGUUUCAAGACGAAGUUGGACUUGAUUUGGGCGGUUUAACGUCUGAUAAAUUCUAUAUGGAUUUAACAAAUAAUUUAUUGAACCAUGUUAAUUCAAAUGUUCGGGCGUUAGCUGCUGAGGUUUGUGGUUUGGCCGUAAAACAUUUAAGGAAAUAUCAUUGUUCAGAAGGCUUAUCGUCUUUAUUAAAUCCGAUGUUGCAAAAAAUAUCCGGAAUGUAUAAACAAUCAUUAUCUAAUGAAUCUGACAUGAAAAACUUCCUUACUGUUAUUCAUCAUAUCUCAAUGCACGAUGUUGACGUAGCUAUUAGAUUUCUAAAAUAUGUCUUCGGCAUUCUACCAAGAUUACUAAACAAUAAGAUAUUAGCUUUAGAAAUAAUUUCAUUUUGCGCAGGACAUGAUCCAGAUUUGCUUACGAAUUUGCAAAGGGAUCGACUUCUUGGCUUUUUAAAACACAGAGAUGAAAACGAACAGUUGCUUGCCUUAAGAAUAUUAGCUGGUGUACUUCAGGAGAUUGAUGCAUCGACAUUUGAAUAUUAUUUGGAAAGUUUGGUCGAAAGCUUUCAAGAUCAUCCUAAUAAUGAUUGCAGAAAAUCUUAUUACACGAUUUUGGUCAAAAUGUAUAAUAAGAUUAAUGAAAAUGAUGAAAUAAAACACAAAUUGAAAAUAAAUCUUUUACGAGGGUUAAUGGAUACAGAUGAAUCGAUUCAGCAAGCAUUAAUUGAAUUUUGGCACGCACAGGAAGAACUUUCAUAUGAUACAUUUACAAAGCUAAGAGAGCUUAUUGGAAAUCUUUAUUAUACCGAGGCUGAGAAUUUAUUUCUUAAUUAUGCCUGUUACCUAUUACUUGAAGGAUCCAAGAAAAGUAUUGAUUAUAAUAAGCAUAUAUUUGAUCAACCAUUGCCGCAAUCUAGAUUUGAUGAGAAUUAUGAUGACAUUGACACUUCAUGGAGAGUAAAUAAUACUAUGACUCCUUUAUUCGUGAAUACACAAACAAGCAAACCAAAGGGAAAUUUUAAAAGGCAGGAGGGUUUAGUUCGAGCAACGAAUAAAGAUUUGGCGUUUAGAAAUACAGGACUCGGUUCUCAAGUUGCUGGCUAUUCUUUGACACAGUCAAAUUUGUUAUUUUCACAACCGUUUACCCAAAGUUCUAAAAGUGAUCAAACAGAUCAAGACGGUACACAAAGAUCAGCACGAAGUUCAGAAUAUCAAAGAUUUGGUCGACGAUCCCUCAAAACGUAUUCUCAACUUGAUUUUAAACAAAUUAUGGCAUCGCAAAAAAAGCAAGAUGAAAUAUACAGAACUAGUCAAAACAUAUAUCCGGAAAAUAUUUCAAUGUUACGUCAAUAUCGAGUUGGAGAACUCCCUGAUAUUGAAAUUAAUCAUGGAGAUCUAAUUAAUCCAUUGCAAACAUUGGCACAACGAGAUUUAGACAUAUCUCGAAUUUUAUUCACAUCCUUGUUUGUUUCAAUAUAUAAUCAACUUGACAAUAAAAUACAGUCAGAAGAGAUAAAUGAAUACAAAAAAGCUAUGGGUCAGCAUAUUCAGAACAUAUUUAGCAAAACCACAAUGAAUUUCCCUCCAUUUAUUGGAAGUUGUUUAAGAAUAUGCUAUGAAAUCAAUGAUAUUGAAAUUGAUCCCAAUAUGAUUCGUAAAGCAUGUAAUUUAAGUUCAACGGAAUCAUUGGGAAUUAUUUUGAUAGAACGGCAAUUAUUACACACUUCUUCAGAAAGAGAAUCAAAAAGGCUACGUACUACAAAUUCCAGCCUUGUCGCUUCAAGCAAAAAGCCUUGGAUUGAAUUGAGUCAUUUAUAUAAAUCUAUUGAUGGUCAUGAUGUUUACAAAAGUAUUUAUGAAAGCAAAAUAGUUGUCAGUGAACUUACAAAAGAUGCCCUUAAUGCUGAGCUUUUAGGAGAUUAUGCAUUAGCAUGCAAAUAUUAUUUGGAAGCGUUAAAAAGUGAAACUGAUGUUGAUGAUAUUGAGGUUGCUUUGUGGGAAGAAAGACGGUUUGAUUGCUUUGAAAAGUUAUGUCAAUGGGAUGACUUAGCAGAGACUGUUCUUGUUGAUAUUGAAGGUCAAUUAAGUAACUUAUGGGAAGAUGAAUUACAGGAUAUAUAUUUACAACAUUUCAUCCAUAGCUUCUUUAAAUUAUCACUCAGUGAUGACAAUAGUGAACAUCGUCAGCUCUUUUUUGAUUUUAUUAAUAGUGCUAUAAGUAAUCAAUAUCAAAAAUCUUUGUUGACUACGCAAUAUCCAAUCGAACUUGCAUUGAGUUCAGUAACGAAGAAGGAUUUAGAACAAGCCCGAUUAUAUGUUCGAAAAGCACUUGAUAAUUUCUUAUUCACAUGGUCCACUUUACAUCCAUUGGCAAUUGGUACUCGAUUGGGUAAACUAAGUUCUUUGCAGCAGAUAGUAGAAAUAGAGGAAUUUCUGAAUCUUAUCCAGUCUUCUGAAAAGGAUCAAAUUUGGAACAAAUUAAUCUCACGUUGGGAAAGGAGAUUUCCUUCAAAAACUCUUGAUUCUUCCAAUACAUGGGAUGAUAUUGUGAUAACUCGUCAAUCUAUCCUUAAUGAAAUGUCCGAAAGAAUAAAAGUAAAUCAUUUUAAUAGAAGGAAAGUUUCAUUGGAAAGUCAAAGUUUGUUGAAAAUGUCAUCAGCUGCACGAAUACAAAGAAAUUUUGAAGUUGCUCGAGUUUGUUUAAGUAAAAUAAGAAAUUUGAAACUCAUCGAUGAUAAGAGAUUGUCUUAUUAUCAAUUUAAACUGAAUCUUCGUGAAGCUCAAAACACAAUUGAUACUGAAAGGAAGGCAGAAAUAUUACUAGCAUUAUCAGAAGAAUUUAAAAAAAUAAAGUCUCCUGAUCUUAGGGAUGAUAUAAAGAUGAGAAUAGUAGAAAGUGAAACAUAUGGACUCCUAAUUUCUGAAUUAGAUAAGAGGGUACCUAAUAGAAGCUUGUCCAAAAUCAAAAAUAACAAAAAUUAUUUUAUUGAGCAAGGAUAUAAUCUUUUUAAUAAUGCAUCGAAGGAAACAACUUUACAGUUAAAGCCAACAAUGCAUGCUAAAGUCCUUGUCAAGUUUGCUAAAUUCUGCGAUUAUUUUUUACGUAAACUUGAUUCUACAGAGGAACAAAUGCAAAUUGUAUUUGAUCCUGCGCAGUAUGCUUCUAAUGUAGUAGAGAGCAUAUUGCAAGCAAUGGAAAAUGGUUCGAAAGAAGCAACUGAAUUAUUUCCAAGAUUGCUUCAAAUUAUUGAAAAAUAUCAUAAUACACAAUCAAUAUUUAAAGAGAAGGUGGAAUCUGUUGAGUCUGUAUGGAAAUUUAUUCGAUGGAUUCCUCAAAUUGUUGCGACCUUAGAUCAAUCUAUAGCUCAUUGUGUUUUCCCAAUAUUAUUUAAGCUUGCAGAAGAAUUUCCUAGGAGCUUGUAUUAUCCGCUUACUAUUAGUAGCGAAUAUUAUAAAUUCGAUGAAAGUACUCUUUUAGUCCGAGAAAAUAAAUCAAAAGUUCAGGAACUAAAACAAAUGAUCAAAUGUGAUGUUACUGAUAUAUUUGUAACUGAGCUCCGAAGUGAAGGUUCAAUAUUAGCAAGAAUGUCGCCAAGUGAUUUUAAAUCAAAAAUAUGGGAUUAUUAUAUAAAAAAUAUUAAACGUCAAGACAGAAGGGCACAAGAGGGUGCUAAUUUAUUGAAAUCUUAUUCUUCUUGGCUUGCUGAGUAUUCUUUCUCAAAUGUUGGAAAGGAAAUUGAAAUUCCGGGACAAUAUGAUGGAUUAUCAUGUAUUCCUGACCCAAGUAAACACGUCAAGAUCUCGAGUUUUGAUCCCAAGAUUUUGGUUCUACGUUCAUUACGCAAACCAAAACGAAUUAGUAUAUUGGGUACAGAUGGCAACGAAUAUCCAUUCCUUGUGAAAGGGGGUGAAGAUUUGAGAUUAGAUCAAAGAGUCCAACAAUUAUUUUCACUUAUGAACGAAAUAAUGAAAAAGGAUUCUUUCUGUUCCCAGCGUAAUAUAGCACAAAGAACUUACAAGGUUGUUCCAAUAACGGGUAGUCUUGGAAUAAUAGAAUGGAUCAAUAAUACAAAGCCCAUGCGCUAUUUUAUUGAAAGGGAACUUGAUGAUUCUAGAGUAUUUGAUGAUGCACAGUCAAUGCAUUCGCGUUGGGUUCAACAAUACCAAAACUAUCAUAAUAUGUUUAUGAAAGUAGACCGUGAUGCUGUGGUUCGACAUUUUAAAGACCUGCAGAGAGACAUUAAUAAUGAUUUGUUAAAAAGGGCACUAUAUAAGCUUGCUGCUUCCCCUGAAGCACAUUUAUCGAUUCGAUCCGAGUUUGUAAAGUGUCAUGCAGCAAUCAACAUAUGUGGAUAUCUUAUUGGUAUUGGAGAUCGGCAUUUAGAGAAUUUCUUAAUUGAUAUGACGAAGGGAUCAUUGAUAUCUAUUGAUUUUGGUCAUGCGUUUGGGUCAGCGACAGAAACAUUAGAAGUUCCAGAAUUAAUACCCUUCAGACUCACCAGGCAGAUAGAAACAUUAAUGGAACCUCUUGGGUCUAGAGGGCUUUUAGAGUACCCGAUGAUUAAAAUAUUGCAGAUAAUGCAAGCAAACAAAGAUAUCUUAUUAAAUGCAAUGGACAUCUUUGUCAAAGAACCAUUGUUGGAUUGGCUAACUCGUGCAAACAAUCAAAAAAAUCGGAAUAGUAAUGAGAUUGGUGAAGAGAAUUUGCAAACCGUGGAAUGGUAUCCACGACAGAAAUUAGAUAUUGCCCGACGCAAGCUUGAGCUCGAAAAUCCAGCCUAUAUCACUUGUGACGAAUUGAAAGCUGGCCAUUCAAAUAAACCUUGGUUUGUUCCGAUUAUUAAUAUUGCUAAAGGGGACCCAAAUCAUAAUAUCAGAACUAGGACAUGCCAAAAGUGUUUUAGUGUUAAAGAGCAAGUUGAAUGCUUGAUUGAUUUAGCUACAGAUCCAUAUGUGUUAGGUUCUAUGUGGGUUGGCUGGCAAAGUUGGGUAUAA